ACGACUUCAUGCUCCCGACAGAGACGCGGCGCUGGGAUUAGGGUUUGCCACUUCCGAGAGGAUGCUGGGAAUCUGCAGAGGGAGACGGAAAUUCCUGGCUGCCUCUCUGACUCUGCUCUGCAUCCCGGCUGUCACCUGGAUUUACUUGUUUGCUGGGAGCUUGGAAGAUGGCAAGCCGGUGUCUCUGUCCCCGCUGGAGUCCCAGGCGCACAGCCCCAGGUACACAGCCUCCAGCCAGCGGGAACGUGAAAGCCUGGAGGUGCGCAUGCGUGAGGUGGAGGAGGAGAAUCGAGCCCUUCGCCGACAGCUCAGCCUGGCCCAGGGCCGGGCCCCAGCCCAUCGCCGUGGCAACCACUCCAAGACCUACUCUAUGGAGGAGGGGACUGGGGACAGCGAGAACCUUCGGGCUGGCAUCGUGGCGGGCAACAGCUCCGAGUGUGGGCAGCAGCCGGUCGUGGAGAAAUGUGAGACAAUCCACGUUGCCAUCGUCUGCGCCGGGUACAACGCCAGCCGCGAUGUCGUCACCUUGGUCAAGUCCGUCCUGUUUCACCGGCGGAACCCUCUCCACUUCCACCUCAUCGCAGACUCCAUCGCAGAACAGAUCCUGGCCACACUCUUCCAGACCUGGAUGGUGCCUGCCGUGCGAGUGGACUUCUACAAUGCUGAUGAACUGAAGUCUGAAGUUUCCUGGAUCCCCAACAAGCAUUACUCUGGGAUCUACGGCCUCAUGAAGCUCGUCCUGACCAAGACCCUUCCUGCCAACCUGGAGAGGGUCAUCGUCCUGGACACAGACAUCACCUUUGCCACCGACAUCGCCGAGCUUUGGGCUGUGUUCCACAAGUUCAAAGGUCAGCAGGCCCUGGGCUUGGUGGAGAACCAGAGUGACUGGUAUCUUGGAAACCUGUGGAAAAAUCACCGCCCGUGGCCAGCCCUGGGGAGGGGCUACAACACAGGCGUGAUCCUCCUGCUGCUGGAUAAGCUGCGGAAGAUGAAGUGGGAGCAGAUGUGGAGGCUGACGGCGGAGAGGGAGCUCAUGGGCAUGCUGUCCACAUCCUUAGCUGACCAGGAUAUUUUCAAUGCCGUCAUCAAGCAGAACCCCUUCCUGGUGUAUCAGCUCCCCUGCUUCUGGAACGUGCAGCUAUCAGACCACACCCGCUCCGAGCAGUGCUACAGAGACGUGUCCGAUCUGAAGGUUAUCCACUGGAACUCCCCUAAAAAGCUUCGGGUGAAGAACAAGCAUGUGGAAUUCUUCCGCAACCUUUACCUGACCUUCCUGGAGUACGAUGGCAACCUGCUAAGGCGGGAGCUGUUUGGGUGCCCCAGCGAAGCUGACGUCAACAGCGAGAACCUCCAGAAGCAGCUUUCAGAGCUGGAUGAGGACGACCUGUGCUAUGAGUUCCGGCGAGAACGCUUCACUGUCCACCGCACGCACCUGUACUUCCUGCACUAUGAAUAUGAGCCAGCUGCCGACAACACGGACGUCACCUUGGUUGCCCAGCUCUCCAUGGACAGACUCCAGAUGCUGGAAGCCAUCUGUAAACACUGGGAGGGGCCCAUCAGCCUGGCCCUGUACCUGUCGGACGCCGAGGCCCAGCAGUUCCUCCGCUACGCCCAGGGCUCCGAGGUGCUCAUGAGCCGCCACAACGUGGGCUACCACAUCGUGUACAAGGAGGGCCAGUUCUACCCCGUGAACCUCCUGCGUAACGUGGCCAUGAAGCACAUCAGCACCCCCUACACGUUCCUGUCUGACAUCGACUUCCUGCCCAUGUAUGGGCUCUAUGAGUACCUCAGGAAGUCUGUCCUCCAGCUUGACCUUGCCAACACCAAGAAAGCAAUGAUUGUUCCUGCAUUUGAGACGCUGCGCUACCGGCUGUCCUUCCCCAAGUCGAAAGCAGAGCUGCUGUCGAUGUUGGACAUGGGGACCCUCUUCACGUUCAGGUACCAUGUCUGGACAAAAGGCCACGCACCUACAAACUUCGCCAAGUGGCGGACUGCCACUACGCCUUACCGGGUUGAGUGGGAAGCUGACUUUGAGCCGUAUGUUGUCGUGCGACGUGACUGCCCUGAGUAUGACCGGAGGUUUGUGGGCUUCGGCUGGAACAAAGUGGCUCAUAUCAUGGAACUGGAUGCACAGGAAUACGAAUUCAUUGUGCUGCCCAAUGCCUACAUGAUCCACAUGCCUCACGCACCCAGCUUCGACAUCACCAAGUUCCGUUCCAACAAGCAAUAUCGCAUCUGUCUCAAAACCCUGAAGGAGGAGUUCCAGCAGGACAUGUCCCGCCGCUACGGCUUUGCUGCCCUGAAAUAUCUCACGGCCGAGAACAACAGCUAGCACCAGGAUGUGCCCACGGGAGAGACACACACUGCAGGGAGAGAGCUGCUCGCCGACUGGGGCCCAGAUGCAAAACUGAGCAGUGGUUUUUUGGAGGGGUUGUUUUGCUUUGUCUCUAAGGCCCAACAAAACCGCCCUUACAUCUGAGGUCUUGGACAAGGAUCCAGUCCAUCUGUUUCUGCCUCAGGACCCAGCAGUUCCAGAGUGGAGAAAAAUGAACCACCGACCUGUAUCUCUUCAAGAAUGGGACCUGGGGAUGAGAGGAAGUAGGGAUCAUUGUCUUGCCACAAAAUCACAAACCGAAGCAGAGCUUUAAGAAUGUUCUCGCUAUGUUUUAAUCAUUAAGGGUCCCAACAUAGUUGGGGAGAAAGGGGAGUUUGCUGGGGCAGUAGUCAUCCCAGGAAAUAAAAGCAAAAUGGUCUCUCCA